AAUGCAAACAAAAGAUCAAUUAUGCAUAAUUCAUUUGUAUUUGUUCAUCGAUAUCCCCACCUAUUGCUUGAUGGCUACGGUUGGAUAUUGUGCUGCUCAUGUGAUGCAAAUAGAAAGCAAUUUGUUGAAGCCCUACCUAAUAAUAUACAAUUAGAUCCUCAAAAAGAUAUACCAUAUCCCAGUUGCAUACACGUAUUAGCAAUGGAAAAAUAUCUGGUUGUGUAUGAUAGAAAGUUUGGUAUUGAAGCCAAAGAUUUUAUUGAAAAAAAAUCCACAUCCAUGAUGCAGUCUAUUUUCAGUGAUCAUUCCUACCAUGAGAUGCAACCUGAAGAAGUAUAUUUUGUUAUGUGAAAAUAACUUUUUUGUACAAAUACACGUAUAGUUUCUCAACCUUCUA